UUAUUUUAAAAGUGAUAUCUUAGCUUUAAUUGCUUCAGACCGAUUGAGCUGUUCCUUUUAAACAAACGAUUGUAUAUUUCCUUGGCAUAGGGAAAUCCGUCUGACUGUAGGGUCAUAUUAUUUAGACAAGCACUCUUUCAGAAGUAAAUGCCAUUCUUAGCAUAGGGAAGUACUUUAGGUCUAAAGGGGUUAAGAAGGCCUCCUUCCAUUCAGAAACAUGCAGGGGUCCCACCGUAGCUGUUCCAGCCUUUAAAAAUCUUUCCAGCUUUUUUCCCCCCCUUGUAACAAAUCUGCACGACUGCCACUGGGACAUAAGAAGCGUGUGCCUGUCACAGAAAUAGAGUUUACUUUUUCCAACUUGUUGUACAGAGGCAGGGUAUAAAUACAGCUAACUCUGGCUUGGACUAAGAGCAUUUCAUUUCAAAUAAGGGGGCUACUUCCCAAGACUUUUAAUCCAACACGGUUCAGAUCAGGCUGCGCCAUCGACCAACGUGGAGAGGAAGUUUAGAAAAAGCAGGUGUCGUAGUUCCUUUGUGUUUGUUUUGCUUUGCUUUAAUUCAGGCACAGACACACCCCAAGCCCCACGCAGAUAUUUUUCUUUGGAGGCAUUUUGAGAUGUCCUUUUUCAAACUCUUCAUUCGAUGGAUAUGGAUAUGGAUGUUAUCUGGGGAGACCUUUGUCUUCUUGCUUCUUGAGGUCCCCUUAAAAGGCUCUGCUUUGCCGCCAAUACGGUACUCUCACGCUGGGAUAUGUCCAAAUGAUAUGAAUCCCAACCUCUGGGUAGACGCCCAGAGCACCUGCAAGAGAGAGUGCGACACCGACUUGGAAUGUGAGACCUUUGAGAAGUGCUGUCCUAAUGUCUGUGGAACAAGGAGCUGCGUUGCAGCUAGGUACAUGGAUGUCAGAGGGAAGAAAGGACCUGUGGGGAUGCCCAAAGUGGCAACCUGUGACCGUUUCAUGUGUAUCCAGCAAGGUUCAGAGUGUGAUAUCUGGGAUGGGCAGCCUGUUUGCAAAUGCAAAGACAGGUGUGAAAAAGAACCAAGUUUUACUUGCGCAUCGGACGGGCUUACCUAUUACAAUAAAUGUUAUAUGGACGCCGAAGCAUGUACCAAAGGCAUUACGCUCAAUGUGGUAACUUGUCGGUAUCAUCUUACCUGGCCAAAUACCAGCCCUAUCCCACCAGAGACAACCGCUCACCCCACGACUGCCUACGCAGAGACCACCAUCACGGACGUCCUUCCACCUGUGCUAGUCAACAAUCCAGUGCAUCAGUCCGUCUACAUCGGAGAGACAGUUAGCUUUCUUUGUGAUGUCACUGGCCGACCUAAGCCAGAAAUCACAUGGGAGAAGCAGACAGAUAGCAGUGAGAAAAUCGUAAUGAGACCCAAUCAUGUUCGAGGAAACAUUGUCGUCACCAAUAUUGCCCAGCUGGUGAUCUAUAACACACAACUACAAGAUGCAGGCAUCUACACUUGCACUGCUAAAAACAUUGGCGGUGUUGUCUGGGCAGAUUUCCCCUUGUCGGUUGUCAAAGGAGAAGCCACCUCGAUGGAAGCGGCACAGAACAAAACCCACUUUCCCACUGACGAAUGUCUGAAGGAGCCUGACAGCGAAGACUGCGGGGAAGAGCAGACCCGGUGGUAUUAUGAUGCGAAGAAAAACAACUGCUUUACUUUCAUCUAUGGAAACUGCAACAGCAACCUGAAUCACUUUGAGACCUAUGAAAACUGCAUGCUGACUUGCAUGAACGGGCCCAUCAACAUCUGCAACUUGCCAGCCCUCCAAGGUCACUGCAAAGCAUACGAGCCUCGGUGGGCAUACAACAGCUUGACAAAACAGUGUCAAUCUUUCAUUUAUGGAGGCUGUGGAGGCAACGAGAAUAACUUUGAGAGCAGAGAAGCCUGCGAAGAAAUGUGCCCUUUCCCCAGGAACAUGCAUUGCAAAGCGUGCAAGGCUUGCAAGCCGCGGCAAAAGCUGGUGACGAGCUUCUGCAAAAGCGAUUUUGUUAUUCUUGGCCGUGUAACUGAGCUGACAGAGGACCAGGACUCGGGACAUGCGCUGGUAACUGUGGAGGAGAUUCUGAAAGACGAGAAAAUGGGUCUAAGAUUCUUGGGGAAGGAGCCUCUAGAAAUCACCCUUUUAAACAUGAACUGGAGCUGCCCGUGCCCCAACAUCACCGCAGCGGAUGGUCAGCUCAUUAUAAUGGGUGACGUCCACAAUGGAAUGGCUGUUUUGCAGCCAGACAGCUUUGUAGGGGCCUCUAGCAUCCGGCGUGUUCGGAAGCUACGCGAGGUCAUCCACAAGAAAACCUGUGAGCUAUUGCAAGAGUUCCUAGGACUGCACUAAUGCCUUGUUUGUAUCUCGUCAGCUUUCCAGAUCUGUGUAUCACAUAGCACUAACAAAUGGUAGACUAGCAUGGAACCUUUUUUUAAAAAAAGGUCUGUUUGCUGAUAGAUAUUACGUAUUACACAUGAGCCCUAUAUUAACUCAUUAAUUAUGUGUAGUAAUGAGGCAGUAUUAUUUUUUGGCAACACUUCAAAUAGCAGCAAACAGCUACUAGUCUUAGAUCUCCUUCUAUCUGUCUGUCUAGAAAUGCCAUCUGGCAAUCGUCAUUUAAUACCAAUUCAGUUUUCAUCCUAGAAGACCAAAUUCAUAGCUCAGAACUAAAUUCUAUACAUUGUCAAUCUAAUGAUAAUUGCUCUCAUUUGGCAUAUAGAAACAUUUGUGAAAAGCAGCUGAAAUGUAUCAUAUUCAUAAGCAGGCUGUAAGAGAAGAAAAUGUAAAUUAUUAUCUAUAUUUACAAUAAUUACACCAUUA